AUGGAAUUCUUGCUCACAAGAUUUACUGAGAAUUGGAUGCUGUUGAGGCUGCUAGCUGUGCUGUUGUUACUGUUCUACCUAGUGGCAAUGUUGGAGAAUUUUCUCAUCCUCCUCCUCACAGUUCUUGACCAAAACCUCCACAUGCCAAUGUACUUUUUUCUCAGGCACUUGUCCUUUUUAGAUCUGUGUCUCAUUUCUGCCACAGUCCCCAAAUCCAUUCACAGCUCCCUCACCUUCACUGACUCCAUCUCUUGCCUGGGAUGUGUGUUGCAGCUCUUCCUGGUUGUACUCUUGGCAGGGUCUGAGACUGGCAUCCUCACCGUGAUGUCCUAUGACCGCUGUAUUGCCAUCUGCCGCCCUCUGCACCAUGAGGCUGUCAUGACCAAACGGGUCUGUGUCCAGAUAAUGACAGUGUCUUGGUUCAGUGGCGGGGUCUUGGGAAUCUUGUACUCAGUUGGGACGUUCUCUCUGAAUUUCUGUGGCUCCAAUAAGAUCCAUCAGUUCUUCUGUGAUGUGCCGGCCUUACUAAAGCUAACUUGCUCUGCAGAACAUGCAACCAUCAACAUCAGUGUGGCCAUUGGUGUCUGUUAUGCAUUUUCAUGUUUAGUUUGCAUUGUGGUCUCCUAUGUGUUUAUUUUCUCCACUGUGUUAAACAUUCCAUCCAGACAGAGCCAAUCAAAAGUUUUUUCCACCUGCUUGCCUCACCUCAUUGUUGUGAGCACAUUCCUUGUAACCGGGGCUAUUGCUUACUUAAAGCCAGCCUCUGAUGUACCUUCUUCUGCAGACUUGUUGGUGUCUGUGUUCUAUUCUUUGGCACCCCCAACCUUAAAUCCUAUUAUCUACUGUCUGAGGAAUAAGGUCAUUAAAUCAUCUCUAGGAAAAGUCCUAUGGAAUUUUAGAAGUAGUGGCAUAAUUUAA